CUGAUUCGGGACCAGCCGGGAACCGCUUCCCAGAGGUAAAGGAAUCCAGAACGGGCCGCUCCGGAGGGGGGAUGAAUGGUGGGAUCCAAAAGGAGCCUUCGGACCAGAAAAGGGCGGCCGACGGGAAAGACGGAGGGGCGAAACCCCGAGACCAUGGCGCCCGGGACGGCGGAGACGGGAUCGUACAGAACCAUCGCCGCUCGCCUCCGGGGACCGACGGGAAAAACGUUUUGCAGUUACGACUCCAGCAGAGGAGGACGCAGGAGCAGCUGGCCGACCAAAGCAUCAUGCCCCCGCUGAAAAGCCCACCUGCAUUCCAUGACCAAAGGAAAAGUCUGGAGCGAGGAAAGGCUGAAGCCCACCUCAAGCACAAGAUUCGGGCGCGGCCCGGGUGUUCCCGCGUGGCGAACAUGCACAUCUUACCAGACUCAGCCGUAGAGGGUUCCGUUCCAGCUACUCAGAUGAAGCUGAAAAGAGCUCGACUGGCAGAUGAUCUGAAUGAAAAAAUUGCUCUCCGGCCAGGCCCUUUAGAGCUGGUGGAGAAGAAUAUCAUUCCCGUUGAUUCUGCUGUGAAAGAGGCCAUAAAAGGCAGCCACGUGAACUUCUCCAAACCGGCCGACGCCUUCGCCUUCGAGGAGGACAGCAGCAACGAUGGACGCAGCGACGACUCUCGGGGCUCAGCGGGGUCGCCCCCUGACCCCAAGGCUCCGGAGACGCCGUUGCCGGCCCCCGCGGGGACCCUGCAGGACGAGCCUCCGGACCCUGAAAAUGACAAGAAGGAGGGAGCGGCCUUGGCGCUCAGCCAGCCAGAAGGCCUGAAGCAGGGCGGCCCCCUGAGCUCCCCAAUCCCCGUGCCCGCGGUGGUGAAGGCCAAGUCCUCCGGCGACAGCAAGCACCGCCACAAGAAGCCCAAGGACACCAAGCCCAAGGUGAAGAAGCUGAAAUAUCACCAGUACAUCCCGCCGGACCAGAAAGCGGAGAAGUCUCCGCCGCCCAUGGACUCGGCCUACGCCCGCCUCCUCCAGCAGCAGCAGCUCUUCCUCCAGCUUCAGAUCCUCAGCCAGCAACAGCCGCAGCAUUUUGCCUACACGGGCCUCCCCCAGGCCCAUCUGAAGGAGCCGAGCGAGCAGCUGUGCAGAAAUCCCAGCUCCGCAUCGUCGGCGAGCGUGGUGGGAAGCACCCCGCUGUCUCCCGUCAAAACCACUUUCGCUGGUCCGACCGGUAUUUCCGCAGUCAAGCCCGGCCCCUUGCCGGCCAACCUGGAUGACCUGAAGGUGUCCGAGCUGCGCCAACAGCUCCGGCUCCGCGGCCUGCCCGUGUCGGGCACCAAGACGGCCCUGAUGGACCGCCUGCGACCCUUCCAGGACGGCGGCGGCGGGCCCCCGGCCGGCUUCGGCGAGGUCACCACGGUGACCUUCCCGGUGACCCCCAGCGGCCCCCUGCCCGGCUAUCCGGCCCUGCCCAGCAGCGUGCUGUCCAACGGCUUCUACCACUUCGGGAGCACCAGCUCCACGCCGCCCAUCUCCCCGGCCUCCUCCGACCUGUCCGUCGGCGGGUCCCUGCCCGACGCCUUCACCGACGGGCAGCUGGCGUCCCCCCAGUUCUGUCUGCAGCCCUCGCCGGUCCACGUCUGCGCGGAGGAGAGCCUCCUCGGCGGCCUCAGCGCCGGGGGCGGCCAGCCGGAGCCCGACGGGCCGGAGGCGGAGAAGGACAAGAUGCUGGUGGAGAAGCAGAAGGUGAUCAACGAGCUGACCCGGAAGCUCCAGUGGGAACAGAGGCAGGUGGAGGAGCUGCGCCUGCAGCUCCAGAAGCAAAAGAGAAACGGCGGUCCCGACGAGAAGCCGCCGCCCUGCUUCUUUGGGGUCCCCGUGAAGGAGGAGGACGCCGGGGCUAGUUGUCCGUUCGCCGCCAAGCCGGCCCCCGGGGACGGCCGGGCGGGCGGCGCGGAGGCGCUAAGUACUCGCGGCCCGGCCCCGCCGCCCCUCCGGCCCGUCGGCCGGCACGCCGACCCGGCCGGGCAGAGCGGCCUGCUGUCGUCGACGUUCCUCAGCCCGCAGAGUUCUCCCCAGGACUCGCCCCUGGGAGCCGUGAAAAGCCCCCAGCACAUCAGCCUGCCCCCGUCUCCCAACGGCCACUACCUGCUCGCGCUGCCCGCCCAGGGAGAGGGACGCGGUGGGUCCCCUCAGGCCGGCGGCCAGCUGCGCCCGGCUCAGACCUCAGGAGCCCAGGAGGGCAGCCCCGUGGCUUUCGCUGCCAGCCAGCCCGGUCUGGCCGCGCCGUUCUGUGGCGCCCAGGCCGAGGGCGGCCACGGCCGUGGUGAUGCCAGCUCCUCCAAGAAUCCCGCUCUGCAGCACAAGCAGCUAACUCGGAGCCAGCAGAUGGAUGAGAUCCUGGACGUCCUCAUUGAGAGCGGAGAAAUGCCAGCCAACGCCAGGGAGGACCGCUCCUGCCUCCAGAAAGGCGCCCCGAUGUCCCGGCCGGCCCGGCCCCCCGGCCCCCCGCUCCCCAGAGCCUCCUCCCCGUUCGCACCCAGCCCGGCCCCGCUCCACUUCGACCCCUGCGCCCCCGGCAGCGACAACCACUUCGACGUCUUACUGAAUUCCCACAGCCCGCUGGGGAAGGCGGGAGACCUCGCGCUCCUCAAGAUGGGCGGCGAGGAGCCCCAGUUCGAAGGGAUGAUGGACGCGUUCCCCGGCAAGGCCGCGGCCGAGCUGCUGGACCCCCACGAGGUCCUGCACGCGCCCCCGUCCGCCUCCUCGUCGUCGUCCUCCCUGGCCGAGGGCGGGGGCCUGCCCGGCAGCUUCACCGAGUCCCCCUGGGAGACCAUGGAGUGGCUGGACCUCACGCCGCCCAGCUCGGCCGCCGGCUUCGGCUCGGCGGCGGCCCCGGGCCCCAACCUCUUCAACAUCGAUUUCCUGGACGUCGCCGAUCUCAACCUGAACGCCGGCAUGGACCUUCACCUCCAGCAGUGGUGAGGCGGCCCCGGGGCCUGCGGCGGUCCUGACCCCUCGCCCCCGGGCCCGGACCCCGGCGGUGGAGCCGGGGGAGGGAUGCUGACGUUCAUAGCGUUCUCCCCCUCCCUCCCUUCCCCCCCCCCGAGGACCUCGGCCCCCCGGAAGACUGAGAGGGGGCCGCGGAGGCUUCCCUAGCCCCCAGCGAGACAGGCUGACUGCGUUCCGGGCCUGCCCGUGUGUCGGGCCGGGGUCGCACGAGUCUGGGGUCUCUGCGGGCCCAAGAUGCCGGGUGACUCCGGCUGGCUGGGGACGGCCAGGAUUUUCCUCCAGCUCGGGCGGUGGGGUAACGCCCUGGCGGUCCCGGCCAGCGACCGGAGGGGCUCACGGGAAGAAGAGGAGGAAAGGGCACGUGGCUGGGCCUUGGGUCGCCUGCCUG